AUGUCCGGCGCUGCCCCCCAGACUGCCUCGCCCAGGCCUGCCAGCUACGGUCUCCCUGUUCGCACCAUCCCCAUCCACGACUCGACCUCCGCCUCUUCCUCCACCGCAAACCAAGCCCAUGCUCAGCCGCAGCCGCAGCCUAAAAGGGGGAUCCGUGUACGCGUCAACUCCCUCGGCGCCACCAUGCUGCUCAAGCACAACGCAGCCACUCCCACCGAUCAGCAAUCCUCGUCCGCCAUGCGUUCCCACUCGCCCUCUGCCACCACCACAACGCGAUCCCGCUCGGCCACCUGGAGAAGCCCAGAUCCAACGCCGUCCUCCUCGUCUGUCUCUCCGCCGCCACAAUCCCACUCCGCUGCACCAUCUACUUCCAACUCCGGCUUCAAUCGUCGCAAAUUCUUCGGUCGCAGCAACAGCAUACGCAGCUUGCUCGGAGGCGCUAGUGCAAGCAACGCAGGCAGCUCGGCCAGCGCCGCAUCCAGCAGCAAUGCUGCCGCUUCGUCGCCCAAUCCCGACGCCGCAUCGCGCUCUUCGUCUGCAACUUCGCCUGCCUCGCAGCACCCUCUCGGCCUCUUGCGGCGCAUGGGCAGCAAGAGCUUCCUCAACCUCCACCAGUCCAAUCAAGCCGCUUCCGCAAACCCCUCCUCCGACGAUGCCUCCUCCCUCGCAUCCGCAGAUUCAGAGCCUUCAAAACGCUUCUCCGACUCUCUCAAGCGCAUCGGUCGAAGACGCGGUAAAUCCGUCUCCACCAACCCACGCUCCAGCUCCUCACAAUCCAGCUCCGACUUUCAUCCAGGCCGCCUGACGCACAGCGAACUCCUCUCUGCCCACGACGCCUCCAGAAGGAGCACCGAAAGCGCACGCUCGAGCACCGCAUCCAUCACAACCCCCGACCCACACCACCGCCACUCCGAACCCGACCCCGCCGACACCAGACCCAAACAUGACUCUCGCGACCUUCACCAAAGCGCGCCUCGCCGCCUCACAGGCUGGCUCUACAACAUGGUCGGAAGCGAUAACUCCCCUUCGCCUCUCGAACCAGGCGCUCCUCUCUCGCCUGUGCGCGAAGCGGAUAUCAACGAAGUCAUGGCUCAAGCUUCCAUCUCGCCUUCAAAACAUUCAAGAGACACCUCCGCCAAUGCCCCCAGCUCGGACAGCAUCCCCAGCCGCUCCAAAGCCGGCGCACUCUUGCACUCUUGGACCAGCGUAGGCUCGGCCAAACCCACCAGAUCCCUACAAGCCUCAACAGCAGAGAGUACGCAGUCCGCUCCGCUCACGGCCAGUCAGACACUCACAACCCUGGCGACCACAAGCGCAAGCUCGACGACCAACACGAGCGGCGCUGGCGCCGGCAGCAAUGGCGGUGGCGAUGCAAGCGCCAGUGGCAGCGCAAGCGGGUCUGGCAUCGCCAGUACCAACUCCCAGGCUGGUGGCAAUACUUCCAACACCUCCAGUUGGGUCCCCGGCGGCGUUGGCUUAGAUCGCGCCUUCAAGUUCUUCCUCGACACAGACUCGAGCGCAAACCAAGACGAGGGCAUCUGGCUGCUCGGCGUCUGGCACGCUCCUCGACAGUCGCAAAAGUCAGAGCCACUCAUCGCACAAGACCCAAAGUCAGCCACACGCGCAGUCGCAUCCGACGCACCUGACGACGAUCAAACAGAUGCAAGACGCGCGGCUUCUCCUUCUUCAAGCGUAUCCGCCUCGUCCCCGCGUCGUGGCCCACUCGAUCUCAACUACGCCUCCUUCGCGCCUACAACCUCCUCAAAUCAGCCCGAUCGCACCACCGUCGGCAGCUCCAUCUCCACCGCUGCCACCGCAUCCACCGCCGAAAGUCUCAGGACUCGAUCCUCAGCCACGAGCUUCAACAUCGCCUCGUCCGGACCCACCCCGCCCGCUUCGGAAACUCAGUCGGCAUUUCAACCCGACUUUGCCUCGAGAAUCUGGUGCACGUAUCGCAAUCACUUUGCUCCCAUCGCACGCGACGGCACCAUCUCGGACCAAGCCGCCUCCGCAGCCGAGGCGCUCGCCAUCGCUCAAAGCCAGCCAUCCGAUCCCACAACACCGUCGGCACAGGCCGGCGCCCCCUCUGCCCCCGACCCCACUCGCUCAAGUAGCCCUCCCGCUUCCGCCAGUCGCGGCUGGCUCGGUCGCAAGACCGCAGAGAGCAACGUCGCACACGAAGCCGCACAACAAGCCGGCUCGCCCCUCGGCCUGGGCGCUGCGCUGGGUGCCGGCUAUGUGAAUGCCUCGGCAACGCUCGGCGAAAAGAUGGGCAUCUCCAAUCUCUGGAGCAGGGCCACCGCAGCCGCCCAGGCCGCCGGCUUCAGCCGCGCUGGCCUCACCACCGACUCGGGCUGGGGCUGCAUGCUGCGCACCGGCCAAAGUCUGCUUGCCAACGCGCUCAUCAAUGUCCAUCUCGGCAGAUCCUGGCAGAGGGAGACAGCGCCCAAAUCACAGAUCGAGUUCUUUGAGGAACUCGCCACCGCCUCGCUCGACGCUAGCGCUGAGAAUCAAUCCCUUGCCACCUGGCGAGAGAGGCGCGCCCGUCACGCCACCUACAUCCGGAUCCUCAGCUGGUUCCUCGACGAUCCCAGCCCCGCCUGCCCGUUCGGAGUGCAUCGAAUGGCACGUGAGGGCAAACGUCUCGGCAAAGAGGUCGGAGAGUGGUUCGGCCCCUCCACCGCCGCCGGAGCCAUCAAGCAGCUCGUGUCCGACUUUCCCGAGGCUGGUAUUGCCGUUGAACUCGCACACGACGGCGUCUUCUACCUCGACGAGGUCCGCGCAGCUGCAAGUGCCUCGACUGGCAAAUCUCGAGCCAGCGGCACGCUCUCUGGCAAUCGCAGGGCCGAGACUGCCGUCUGGCGUCGGCCCGUGCUGAUUCUGAUCGGCAUCCGACUCGGUCUCGAGACUGUCAACCCCAUCUACUAUGAAUCGGUCAAAGCCACCUUCUCGUUCCCACAGAGCGUUGGCAUUGCAGGUGGAAGGCCGUCCUCGUCCUACUACUUCAUGGGCCACCAAGGCAACUCGCUCUUUUAUCUCGACCCGCACAAUGUGCGACCUGCCGUGCCUCUACGAUACCCUCCCACCACCUUUCCCGCUGCGGCCCCACACAGGCUCGAUGUCUCGCAUCGAUACGCCCUCGAAGACCGCGACGACGAGGACGAGUGGUGGUCCCACGCAUACACCGAGGCUCAGACGUCCACGUUUCACUGCGAAAAAGUGCGAAGGAUGCCCAUCAAGUCGCUCGACCCGAGCAUGCUCCUGGGUUUCCUGGUCAAGGACGAAGAGGCGCUGGUCGAUCUGUGCGCGCGCAUCAAAGCGCUGCCCAAGACCAUCUUUUCCUUCGCCGAGUCCGCACCAAAGUGGGUGGAUGACGACGACUUUGACCCCAGCAUGGAGAGCUUCUCCGAGCCGUCCGCGGACGAAGCUGGCUCCGAUGACGAUGCCAGCAAGAGCGAGGACCAAGACGACGUCCCUGCGAAACGCGAGAUCAGUGCUGAAAAGGCGGAAGGGACCUCUCAGCGAUCGAGUCCCAAGACAAGUGUGGUCUUUCCAUCAAAGCGGGACGCGGGUCCCGGCGAAUCGCUGUACAGGGAGAGCCAGCAGAGGACGGCUGCCUGGCUCGGACACGGCCGACCCGCCGCUACGGCAGCCAAAGCGGACCGAACCGACGGCGCUGGAGCAAGUGGAAUCGCCUUCCCCUCGCUGGAUCUGCUCACGCCGCACAACGACAGCCUCGGAGUGCAGAGGCCGAAUCGCUCAGACAUGCGACAAGUAUCGACUUCGUCGGCGGCGACGACUCGGCCGAUGGCGCGCAAGGCGACCAACGCGACGGACACGGACGAGAUCGACGGGCGGGACCUUACUGCCUCUGCUGCUGUCGGCGCUGUCGUGGCUGGCGCUGCAAGGGCGGGAAAAGUGUCGCCUUCGAGAAGCCCGGCGCGUGCAGGGCCGGACGAGAGCUUUUCCACAGUGCACCUUUCCGAUUCGGAAGUGGGCUCGGGAUGGGAAGAAGUGUCUGACGGAGGCACGAUUGCGCCGUCGGCUUCUGCCACGUCGGGGCUGCAUCGAACCGGCUCGCCUACGCUGCUCGGCGCGAGUUCCAGCGCGGCGGAACCUACUAGCCAAUCGGCUUGGGUGAUGUCGUCGAUGCGAGACGGUCUCGCACCCGAGGAGCUCGUGUCACCGAUCUCGGUGGUGAGCGAGAGCGAGCUGGUGGGCGUCAGCCUCGAUACGCCCACGCACGAGGCACCCAAGAUGUCCUUAACUACUGCUGAACAAGCGGGCUCGGUGACAGCGACUGAGGGUUCAAGGCACGCUGGGCUUACGACGGCACAUGCGCCGCUCGCCCUGCCGCGCAGAAGGACACAGUCCAAGCCAUCGCCCAUCGACCCCCCGCCUAGCUCGGAUGCAUCUGCCCCACCCGUACCCAGCGUUCCUGCUGCAUUCCUCAACGCCCAGCCUGAACCGUCCGAGGAGGCGAGCAAGCCAACCAGAGCGCCCGACCUCGACGCCAGCGACGACGACUUUUAA